CGCUUUGGUCGACAUCGCGGAACGGUCAUUUUUCCGUGAUCUGCAUUUUUUUGCCAACGAGAUACUAAACUUAUAAUAAAACAAAAUGCCCAACCAGGUGUUAACUAUAGAGCCUCAAAACGAACUAAAAUUUAAGGUUGAUUAUUCAGGACUCUUCGAGUCAGGAUGCACCACGUACAUGCGAUUGACAAAUCCAUCAAAUGAUACAGUACUCUUCAAGAUAAAAACUACUGCACCAAAGAAGUACUGUGUACGUCCUAAUUCUGGCGUGCUUGACCCAAACUCUAAAGUGGAAAUAGCGAUUACUCCACAGCCUGUGUAUGUGGAUCCCAAUGAGAAACAUAAACAUAAGUUUAUGGUUCAAAGUGUGGUCGCUCCGGAGGGAAAGACCAAUAUUGAUCAAGUGUGGAAGGAAAUCAGCCCAGAUCAGUUGAUGGACUGCAAGUUGAAGUGCGUCUUUGAAUCUCCUCGUGGAACUAACUUGAAUGAUGCUGGUGACAAUGUCGCUCAGAAUGAAGUGACCAAGAAACGUGUCGCGGUGGCAGAUGAGGCAAAGUCGUCGACAAAGGAUGCCGUAGAAGGUCUUAUCCAGAACGAAGCAAAGCGGAAGGAUGAUGAUCACACUACGGGCGUGAAAACGACUUUGACUUUCCCCAAGCCUGAGAACGCAGAUACUGAUUUGCAAAAGGCGACCUUAGAAGUUAUUCUUUUGAGGGAGGAAGAAAGCAAAUUAAGACAUGAAAAUCUGCAAUUAAAAGAAGAGCUGAUGCGUUUGCGCCAGUCUGCGGGCGGUGACGGUCGCGUGGCGCGCCCCCACUCAUACGGACCCGAAAAGAACGCACAGAUUGCACUGAUGCCCUGGGUUAUGACCGCCGUCGGCAUGGCGCUCCUCGGCAUUAUUAUCGGCAAGUUCCUUAUGUGAAUGGUCCCCCCAGUCCCGCGGUGACCUUGACAUCGCCUCACAGAUACCGCUGUUUACACCGCUCCCGAUGCAUCCCUCUCGCACAAGGCAGCUUAUAAUUUUUAUAGCAACCUCUCCAAAGCUUCCAUCGUGCCGUUCUUGUGUUCCUCUAAGAAUUAAAUAUCUAAGUUAGUGUAAUUCUUUAUUACACGGAUAUUUGUUUUGUUUAUGCAACCACACUUAUUAUUGUUUUAUCCACGAAACUCGCCAAAACUAACUACCUGUACUUUUUAGAGCCAAGUUGUCAACAUGAAAAUUAAAGGAAUGUAACUUUGAAAUAACCUGUG